GACAAUCCUGCAAUGUCUUUUGAAGAGGCAAGCAAAUAGGGCCUAUGGUACUUCGUGCUGAGCACUACAGGGGCCGAGAAUACAGCACGUAGAAUAUGUCAAUUCAACCAUUUUUCCUGGCCUGAUUCUGGCCUCUCAAGGUAGUUGGGACCAAAGAAAAGUUCCUGGGCUGGGUUUCAGAAGCCUCAUCUUUGAGCUUCUAGGCCUACUACCAUUUUGACCAUCACCUCCCUCAGGCCCCAAUGGGGACACUCCAGGAUCUUGGAUCCAAGAGCCUCAGGUUAGCGUUACCUCUAACCAUCAGAUCUGCUUCUAGCCCAGCUCCCACAGCCAUCACUGAGUGGGGAAAUCAUUGUGGAGAGGUGGCCCAUCUUGCCUUCAUCACCAGCAACAACUGUUGACUGACUUCCACCAAAAGGCAGCUAAGCACUAUCCCCCUGAGAGAAGUAAAGCCCAGCCCACGAAUCCCGCUUCCGGCCCGUCUCUCAGAGCCAUCGUCUGGAUAAGCAGUUCUCCUGGGGAGAUGAAUUGAGAUAUCCCUACCAACUGCCAACCAACUGCCACCCCCCCCCCACAUACCCCCACUCACUCCCCCACAUGGCAGUCAAGUCAAGCUAGCUAAAGCAGCAAGGCACCCUGAGGGAGAGAAAGGAGGCAGCAUGUGCUAAGAGGCGCCAGCGCUGGAGCAGACCAGAGAGGUGGGGCGAGACCCUCGCGGCGGCCCAAGAGCCGGCCUAGGCCCGCGGAACUGCUUCCUCCCGGACGCCGCGCUUUCCCCCGGACCCCUUUCUUCACCGGGCUCUUCCGGUCCGUCUUGCGGCUAAGAUGGCGGUGCUGAGUGCUUCCAGUCCCGGUGCGCGUGCUCUCCUGACGGUUCUCCGGCGGUUCUGAGCACGCGCGGCACCAGCCUUUCGGCCCGAUGGCGGGACAGACCCUGUUCGUGGGCCGCCUCCCGGCCUCGGCCAGCAGCCUGCAGCUGGAGCGUCUUUUCAGUCAGGUGGGGCCCGUGAAGCAGUGUUUCGUGGUCACCGAGAAAGGCAGUAAGACAUGUCGUGGCUUUGGCUAUGUCACUUUUUCCAUGUUGGAGGAUGCUCAGAGGGCCCUCAAGGAAGUUACCACCUUUGAAGGUUGCAAGAUCAAUGUGACUAUUGCCAAAAGAAAACUAAGGAGCAGACCAAAGGCAAAGAAGGAAUAUUCAGUGACCUCACAGGAAGAACCAGAACGAGAACCAAAAACCAGGCCUAAGAAAAGCAAAGCAGCUGACAAAAAAGCUAGAUUAAUCAUCCGGAACCUGAGUUUUAAGUGUUCAGAAGAAGAUCUGAAGAAUUUGUUUGCUCAGUUUGGCGCUGUCUUAGAAGUGAACAUCCCUAGAAAGCCAGACGGAAAAAUGCGAGGCUUUGCUUUUGUUCAGUUCAAGAAUCUCUUAGAAGCAGGAAAAGCCUUGAAAGGCACCAACAUGACAGAGAUAAAAGGGCGGACAGUAGCUGUGGAUUGGGCUGUGGCCAAAGAUAAAUAUAAUGCAACACAGUCUUCUGCUUCAGGUGAGGAUCAAAAAACCACUGAAUCUAGACAACAAGAUGCAAGUCAAGAGGAAGGCAGUGAGGAGGAGGGGGAGUUUGAAGAAGAAGAAUUACAAGCAACCAAGCCAGUGAAGACUCAGAAGAAGGAAGGCAAAAGACCACUAACUUUGGAAGCAGAAAGCAGUGAGAUAGAUGAAGAGAGUGACCUAGAGGACAGAUAUAGCAGCGAUGAUGAAGAGGAGCCCGAACAGGAUCAGAAUGAAGUGAAUUCAAAUGAAGAAGAGCCAGAUGUAGAAGUUCCAGAGAAGAAGAAGAAGAGGAAGUUGCCAUCUGAUGUGAAUGAGGGGAAAACCGUGUUUAUCAGAAACCUAUCCUUUGACUCAGAAGAAGAAGAUCUAGAGGAAAUCCUUCAGCAAUUUGGGGACCUUAAAUAUGUUCGAAUUGUCCUACACCCAGACACAGAGCAUUCCAAAGGUUGUGCAUUCGCCCAAUUCAUGACUCAGGAAGCAGCUCAGGCUUGUCUUGCAGCAGCUUCUGCAGAGACUGAGGAUGGAGGGCUAAAGCUGGAUGGCCGGAAGCUUAAGGUGGACUUGGCUGUGACCCGGGAUGAAGCUGAAAAAUUGCGAACCAAGAAUGUAAAGAAGCAAACAGGAACCCGGAACCUCUAUCUGGCCAGAGAAGGCUUGAUCCGUGCUGGGACGAAAGCUGCAGAAGGUUUAAGUGUUGCUGAUAUUACCAAGAGAGAACGGUUUGAGCUUCUCAAACAUAAGAAGCUGAAGGAUCAGAACAUCUUUGUCUCCAAGACCCGGCUGUGUCUCCACAAUCUCCCGAAAGCAGUGGAUGACAAACGGCUCAGGAGGUUGGUGCUGACUGCAGUUGGAGGCGGAAGGGGUAUACGCUUGAAGGAGUGUCGAGUGAUGCGAGACCUUAAAGGUGCACAUGGGAAUGUGAAGGGUCAGUCCUUGGGUUACGCUUUUGUGGAGUUUGAAGAGCAUGAUCACGCACUAGCAGCCCUUCGUCAAAUCAACAACAACCCAGAGAUCUUUGGCCCUCAGAAGAGACCAAUAGUAGAGUUCUCUUUGGAAGAUCGAAGGAAACUAAAGGUGAAGGAUCGAAGGGCCCAGCGAAAUCUGCAGAAAAUGAAAGCAAAACCUGUAAUUGAGGAGCCUCCAAAAGACCAGCAGCAACCACCUGUGAAGUUCCAGAAGCAUAAGGCAGCUCAGAGUCAGAUACAGGGCUCAAGCAAACCUCCCCUGAAGCCGCCAAAAGUGACUACAGGUUCAUGGGCAGGAUUCCAGACCAAGGCAGAAGUGGAGCAUAUAGAGCUACCAGAUGGGAAGAAACGGAGAAAAGUGUUGCUGUUCCCCUCACAUCGAGGGCCAAAAAUAAGAAUGCGGGACAAAGGCAAGGUUAACCCUCUUCCACCUAAAAAGCCAAAGGCCCAGAUGAGAAAUCAGAAUCAGGAGAAGCGGCGCCCCAUGUCUUUGCAGGUGCCAAAGAAAAAGGCUAAGGGAAAUAAGUCAGAAAUUCGAUUCAACCAUCUGGUCGAACAGUACAAGCAGAAAAUACUAGCAGGACCCCCAAAGGGAGCCCCUUUUGGAAAGAAGUGCAAAUGGUUUGACACUUAACCUUAGCAACAAAUGGCAUAAAUACCUGCUUCCUUAGCUACAUUGCAGAACAUCCUGUCUGGUAGUCUUGUGUUUUUCAUUGUAGGAAAGAGAUGAUGGACUGCCAAGGGGGGCAUGUUCUUAGCUCUGAACUGUACAACUCUGGACAACAGUUCUCCUAUCUGAGGUCUGCUAUCCACAGAAAGAAAUGUCAGAUGUUGUGAUGAUAAUCAUUUAUAUUUAUAUCCAGAUUGUUCUAUGGAGCGGUAUCUCAUUGUUCCAUAUUAUUCUUGUUUCUUGAGUAGAAACAAUUGUAAAAAAAUCCUUCUUAUGAUGACUUUAAUAUGUCUAUUUUGAUAAGCAUCCUGACUCAAGAAAAAUUUUUUGAUGUUUUUAAAAUAACAUAUCAUCAUGCUAUUCAUAAACCAUCAUAUCCUUGUGUCUGAUUGCACAAUCUGUGUAUACCGAAUUUCUAAAACUGGCCAGAUGAGAGUCAGAAGGGCUGAAAAAUUGAAAGCAAUGCCCUCAAUAUAAGGGUAUAGGAUUGCCCUGAGUAUGACUAACUUCAUCUGUAGGUGUAUGCACUGGUCCAGUAGGUUUACUUUGCCCUUUGAAAACUGCUCCUUUUCCCUACCCUCUUCAGAUGCUUCUUCUUGUGACACAGUUAUUUACCACAUGCCACAACUUCUCAGUGUAUAUUGGCACUAACUUGUAUAAGGCACCAACUUGCUACCAUGGGUUGUCCCAGAUCAUGGAGAUGUGUAUCCCUUGAGAUAGAGUAGAUCAUCACACAAAAGGGGAAGGAGGGAAGUAGAGUUUGAGGACUGUAUUAUCUUCAGCAUCUCGAAGUAUGGUAGGAAUACCUAAUGGUCUGGGGUACAGGAUAAAGAAUAUGAUGGUAAGUUUAAAAUGUGCUACAAAUAUUUGAAAAUGCCCUGGAAGCAUUCCUGUUUCCCAGAAUACUUCAGACUUAGCCACCAUAUCAACCUCUUACAAGCUCAGUUUUUACUGUAAUCUAUCAGAACAUUUUCCGUGCUAAUAUGUUUUUAUUUUAUAAUGUCAGUGGGAAAGUUGGGUUCAUUUUGGGGAAUUUUAAUUUAUAGCUACCUUUGCUGGAAAUGAUUAACCCUAAAAUAGGAAAUGGCUAUAUUUGUGCUCUAAAAGGUGCUAAAAAUGAGUGGUUGAUAACCUUUAUCCCAAGAGCAAAGAAGGAAGUUUGGUUACGUAACAUGAAUAUAUACUCACAUAAAUACAUUGUCUAAUCUCUUCUGCUCAGGAAACAAGCGCUUUCUGCAUUGCUUGCCUACAUUGGCCCAGAACUUGUUGCAUUUCUUGUCAACAUGGGAUUCUACAUGACUCAAAAAUGAAAUGCUUUGAAGAAGUCAGCUGAUUUCAGACACUUUCCUAUAAUUAAAAUAUAUAUCUUUGCCAGUGCUUAGCAUAGUGCUUUGCAUAUAGUAGUCCAUUAAGUCUAUAUUGAUUGUGAUACCCCUCUCCUCCUCCUUCUCCUCCUAGCUCAAAGGACUUCCUUUAUUGACCUGUCUGAUGGCCAGAUCAGACUGGGGUGGGAGCUGUGGAAACUGCUGUGCUCCCCUUCUCCCACUGUUAAAUCCUGUGCAAACUAAUGAAUAACUGUAAUUUUAUUUUCAGGCCAACAUGGUAGAUGUGUAGAAAGUGAAGAAAAAAGCUAAAUGAUACAAUUGCAAUUGAACUAUUUAUAAUUAUUAUUCUAUUUCAGUGUUUAACUAUGUCAGAGCAAUUAGCUGGGAAAAACAAUCUCCAAGCCAGAGCUUUCUGUGGUUGGGCUAAAAAUGGAGAAAUAACAAAAAUGGAGAAUGAGGCCUUAGGGUAGGCAGUAGCAGCAGAUUAGAAACCAGUCUGCAAACCACCCUAAAGGACAAACUGACUUGUCCUUUUAUGAGUUACUUCGUGGCAACCCUUUGUACUACGUUAAUAAAAUAUAUCUAUUGAA